AUAAACUUCAAAACAUGGAAAUUUCAGAGAAGAAAAAGGCAUGACGCUUUUCUUUUAAUUAAAGCUUAACAUGCUUUCAAGAUUUUCACUUUCCUCCCUUCGGAGCCGUCUUGGAAGAACUUUUAUUCGAUUCAGUAGCCGGAAAGGGAAGAAAGCAAAGGCAGAAGCUGCUGGUGACCAGGGAGAUAAACUGACUGCAAUGGAUCCACCACCAGAGUUUCUGGCCUCAAGACAACAAUUAUGGGACCAGUUAAAGAAAGAGUAUGAUGACUGGGUGGCGGCGCAGGAGCGAGUAUCCAUUAAAGUCACACUUCCUGACGGGAAGGUUGUGGAAGGCAAGGCAUGGGAAACUACCCCAUACGAUGUUGCCAAGGGAAUCAGUCAAGGAUUGGCGGAUAACACUGUGAUAGCAAAGGUCAAUGAUGUACUGUGGGACCUUGACAGACCGCUUGAACAAGAUGCCAAGUUACAGUUGCUCAAGUUUGACGAUAAAGAUGGUGAAUAUGUAUUCUGGCAUUCUAGUGCACAUAUACUUGGUGAGGCAAUGGAAUGUUUAUACGGAGGACAUCUGUGUUACGGCCCUCCCAUUGAAAGUGGUUUCUACUAUGAUAUGUGGUCAGACAGACAGGUAUCCAGCAAUGAUUACCCUGUGAUAGAGAGUCGUGUGAAACAAAUUGUGAAGGAAAAACAACCUUUUGAGAGACUUGUGAUGACAAAAGAAAACCUUCUUAAAAUGUUUGAGUACAAUGAGUUCAAACAGAGGAUCAUAAAUCAAAAGAUUGACACUCCAACAACUACUGUAUACAAAUGUGGACCAUUGAUAGAUCUGUGUAGAGGACCUCAUGUACGUCAUACUGGUAAAAUCAAGUCAAUGGCUGUCACUAAAAAUUCAUCCACAUAUUGGGAGGGCAAGGCUGAUGCAGAGUCUCUACAAAGAAUUUACGGAAUCUCUUUCCCAGAUCCCAAACAGAUGAAAGAAUGGAAACAUUUUCAAGAAGAGGCUGCAAAAAGAAAUCACAGAAAAAUCGGACAGGAUCAGGAGUUAUUCUUCUUCCAUGAAUUAAGUCCUGGUAGCUGUUUCUUCUUACCCAAGGGAGCACAUAUAUACAACACACUUGUAGAUUUCAUGAAGUCAGAGUACAGAAAGCGUGGUUUCCAUGAGGUUGUAUCACCAAACAUCUACAAUCACAGACUGUGGGAAACAUCAGGACAUUGGCAGCACUAUGCUGAGAACAUGUUCCAGUUUGAUGUAGAGAAGGAAAAAUAUGCUCUCAAACCCAUGAAUUGUCCAGGACAUUGCUUGAUGUUUGACCACCGUAUAAGAUCACAUAAAGAGUUACCCUUGAGGAUGGCAGAUUUUGGUGUUCUACACAGAAAUGAGUUGUCUGGUGCACUGAGUGGGCUGACACGUGUACGCAGGUUCCAGCAGGAUGAUGCUCAUAUAUUCUGUACGCCUGAACAGAUUGAGCAGGAAGUUCUAGGAUGUUUAGAAUUCCUCAAGUUUGUGUACGGUGUGUUUGGUUUCACAUUUGAGUUGAAGCUCUCCACCAGACCUGACGGUUUCCUUGGUGACCCGGCAUUGUGGGAAACAGCAGAAAAAGAUCUGGCUACCACGUUGGAUAAGUUUGGCUAUAAGUGGGAGUUGAACCCAGGAGAUGGAGCUUUCUAUGGUCCCAAGAUUGACAUCACCAUUACGGAUGCAUUGAGAAGACCCCACCAGUGUGCCACUAUACAGCUUGACUUCCAGCUACCAAUCAGGUUCAACCUUGGCUACAUUGGUGCAUCAGGUGAUGGUGAGAAACUGCGACCUGUGAUCAUACAUCGUGCAAUCCUCGGCUCUGUAGAGAGAAUGAUGGCUAUCCUCUGUGAAAGUUACGGUGGAAAGUGGCCAUUCUGGUUAUCACCUAGACAAGCAAUAGUUAUACCUGUAGCAUCAGCCUUUGAUGAAUAUGCAAUGCAGGUGAAGCAACAGAUCUUUGAUGCAGGAUUUUUAUGUGAUGCAGAAUUGGAUCCAUCAAAUACACUCAACAAAAAAGUUAGAAACUCGCAACUUGCACAGUAUAAUUUUAUUCUGGUUGUUGGAGAGAAAGAAGUGGAAUCCAAGUCAGCAAAUGUACGUACACGUGACAACAAAGUGCAUGGGGAACAUUCUAUUGAAAAAAUCAUAGAGAGAUUUAACAGUUUCAAGGAAACCAGAUGUCUCGAUGCUGAGGAACAGUUUUAAAUGUAUUGUCAAUGGAAACUGUAUAAUUAGUCCAUAUCUCAGCAGUUGAGCAAGACGUAAUUCGUGAAUGAAAAUAACAAUGGCAUAUUGGCGCAAAUGGCAGUUACCAAAUGGGAAAACCUGCGUAUGAAGACACUUACACAAUUUCAAAAUAUAAUCGUUUAGAAACUUUUUUUGUACAAGGUUGCAAAAUAUGGCUUAAACAUACAUUUAUUGUAUUUUGCAUCCAUCACAUGUAUCUUAUUAAGUAAAACAGCGAUGUGUUUAAAAGUUUGUAUAGAAAUGAUUCAAGGCUGUUCAUUAUAACAUAAAUAAUAUCAGUUAAAACUUCAUUAGAGACAAUUUAAAAAAAGAAGUGUUAUUUUUUUGUAAUUUAAAUAGCAGUUGUUUAUACCAUAAUAGUUUGCUAAUGUUAAUUUUAUUACAUCUAAAUAAUGCAUCAGUGUUUUGUGUUGAUUGCUUUGUAAGUGCUUACUUCCUUUAUCCAUUUAAAGAUACCUUGUUAAAAAGAUUUUAGGUGCUUUUUCUUGUCUAUUGUGUCACUUUUUAUGCUUGUAUGAAUAUUUAAAAACAGAACAUGAUUUGUCAUGUAAAAAAAAUUUUGAUGAAUUUUUUAUUUUGAUUAGAUAUUCUUGCUCUGUUUGUCCAACUGUUUUAAUUAAAAAUUAAAUGUUAUAUAUUGAUAGAUGCUUAAAGCAGUUAUCUGUUGUAGAUGUUUAGACAUGCACAUUCAAAUCCAAGCAUUUUGCAUUAUAGCAUAUUGUAUUUUUAGGAUAAAACUGUAUACAUAUAUACAUUAUUGGCAGAUAGGUUAAAAUACAGUUGCGAUAAAUAGUUCCCUUCCAGUAGGGGACUCUGUAGCAAUACUUUAUACACUUAUUUGUUUCUGAGGAGACCUUUCUUGUGAUUCUGCCCUUCAGAUCAUAAAAUAGGACAUUCUGGUAUUUUAAAGGUUUCUUCAAUAGACAGGUUUUGUGAAUUAAAGGAAGGUAUGACAUUGUAAUAUUUUUAGCUUUGAAAUACACAUUGUUGUUAUGUAAUCAUGGGAUAAGGUCACUGUCCAUUUUAAUUAAAUUAUUCAUUAACCAUAAACACACAAGAACACCCCUAUCUACCUGUAAAAUUCACCCUUUUACAUUCAUCCAUUGUCUGUAUUUCUACUGUAUACUGUUGCUUUCUUACCUCUUGUAUGUCUAGUAUUAGUGUAAUUCUGCUCAAAUUUCCACUUUUUAGUCAAAUAGGAAUAUUCAUGACCUAGUUGUUUUCCUUGUUUGCCCUACCUUAAGUGUCAUAAAAGAAAAUAUAUAGAAAUAGUGUGAAACAUUAGUAUUUAGAUUGCUUUACAGUUGUCAAUGUAUUCAGCUUGUUAUUGUUGUUCCAUUAAGGAAAGAUUCAUUGUGACGGUUUUUCUCGCUCUAAUUUCUCAGUCAUUUCAUCCAGUUCAUCUAAUGCAGCCUUUACUGAACUUUUACUCUAGUUGUGAAAGAUUUUGAAUUAAAUGUCACACAAUUAUAUAUUUAUUGCAUAAAAUCAUUAGUGAUUUUAAA